CUGGUAUUCCACCACCUGCCAAACAGCGCGCGGCGUGCGGGGGCAACGGUGUUUUUUGCAAGUAUUUCCUCGAACCGUAAAUAUAUUCAGUUAUCGACGUCCCGUUCUACACCUAUUUGCGCCGGGAUAUUUCAUUAAACCGCAUCAAAAACCUAUAAAAACUCUAAUCCAGUGCAUUAGAAUGUGAAAAAGUGUUACCAAAGACUGUUUAUCAUUCACAAAAGAGUUUAAGAAAACAUUUUUCAACACCAGUUUGAGUCAAUUGGUACAAGAUGUCGCUGUGGGCGAGAGCGCAGCAGCUUCCGCCGGAUAGUUUGCAGAAGGUCCGCAUGAUCUACGUGGACAUCUUCCCGAUAGAGGUUCGGCAUUGCUUGGCACCGUGGAUUGAAAGUCGCAUAUGGGCUACGGAGCCGGAAGACCAGCAGCGCAACUUCGUCAACGAGCUGGUGCAGGAGAUCCAGACCCAUGCUGAUCUGAUGCUCUCCCCCGAGCUGUUCGUCACCAAGAUGAAACUCCUGGACGCUGCAAAGAACUUCCAUAUACAGUACAGCCACGCGCCGCACGAGCUGUACGCGUACAUGCGCCGUUGCCUCGCGAUGGAGAUGGAAGUGAUCCAGGCCGCCAUGGGCACUCAGUACGUCGCCCAGCCGCAGACGGAGAGGAAAUACAGCGAGCUCAUCACAGGCCUUCAGACCGUUCGCCAGAAGGUGAACAUGGCCGCCGAGGAGAUCCGCAGCCUGCAAGCGAACAUAGAGUCCUUCUCGCUGCAAUACCACGAGUGCUUGAAGAACAAAGGCCACAUGAACUACCUUCAGCAGUCGAUGACGAACGAGCGCCGUGACCUCGUCGCUUGCCUGCGGGGACAGAUCGAGGACACGGAGAGGAAACUCAACGCGUUUGUAGCCCAAAUAAGCCAGUCGCAGAUCGAGCUGGUGGACCACAUGAAGGACAACAUCGCGAUGCUGCGACAACUGCAAAGCCAAGUCUUGGAUGACGAGCUUAUCAAAUGGAAACGCGAACAACAGCUCAGCGGCAACGGCGUUCCGAUGCAGUCCAACCUGAACACCAUCCAGGAGUGGUGCGAACUCCUCGCGGACCUCAUCUGGAGUACUCGCCAGCAAGUCAACAACGUGACGCGCAUCAACACCAAGACUAUAGUGGAACUCCGGCAGCCCCACCUCGCCGAGAUGCUUGAUGAUAUGAGCAAGCAGGUGACUGGUCUUCUGUCCACGCUGGUGACUUCUACUUUCGUGAUUGAGAAGCAACCUCCUCAAGUCAUGAAGACCAAUACACGAUUCACCGCGACGGUUCGUCUCCUCGUCGGCGGGCAGCUGAACGUCUACAUGACGCCACCAAGAGUCAGCGUCGUAAUAAUAUCCGAACAGCAAGCUCAAUUGCUACUCAAGAGCGAGACGCAGGCCGGCAAAGGGAAGCAACCAGUUGAAUGUGGCGACAUCUUGAACAACACCGGCACCAUGGAGUACCAGCCGACCAGCCGCCAGCUCAGCGUGAGCUUCAGGAACAUGCAGUUGCGGAAAAUCAAGCGCGCCGAGAAAAAAGGAACGGAGAGUGUGAUGGACGAAAAAUUAACCUUGCUGUUCCAAUCUCAAUUCAAUGUGGGGGGCGGAGAGCUCGUUUUUCAGGUGUGGACUCUAUCCCUGCCCGUGGUUGUGAUUGUCCACGGCAACCAGGAGCCCCACGGCUGGGCCACAGUUACCUGGGACAACGCGUUCAGUCCCCCAGGACGCGUGCCUUUCGCCGUUCCCGAUAAGGUCACCUGGGGCCAGCUCGCCGAGACGCUGAGCAUCAAGUUCAGCUCGGCUACUGGUGGAAGCCUUUCUGAGGACAACCUCCGAUUCCUCGCCGAGAAGAUAUUCAGUAUAUCCACCAGGACGAGCCUGCCGCUGAACACGAUCGAGCUGAACUCUAUGGCGGUCAGCUGGACCCAGUUCUGCAAGGACGCGCUGCCGGACCGCAACUUCACUUUCUGGGAGUGGUUCUACAUGGUGGUGAAGGUCACCAGGGACUAUCUACGCGCGCUGUGGUGUGACCAUUUGAUAAUGGGCUUCAUACAAAAGAAGCAAGCGGAGGAUAUGCUCUCCAAAUGUCCCCCAGGAACAUUUCUGCUGCGAUUUUCCGAUUCAGAAUUGGGAGGGAUCACUAUCGCCUGGACUGGAGAAGGCAACGAGGUCUUCAGUCUGCAGCCUUUCACCUCCCGAGACUUGAUGCUGCGUCCCUUGGCUGAUAGAGUGUUCGACCUCACUCAACUGCAGUUCCUGUACCCGAACUUGCCCAAAGAUGAUAUGUUCUCCAAGUACUACACCAAACCAGAGAACGAGAUGCUAAAGAACGGCUACGUGAAGCCAGUGCUGGUGACCACAUUACCAUCUUACAUGUCGUCGCCGGCUUACGCUCACUCGCCCGACUCGCACCGGAACACUCCCAGCGUGCAAAGCAGGUACAUGAUUGAAUUUUGAUAGAAAAAUCUAUCAAGAAAAAAUUGACGCAGUUUUUUUUUGUUUUAAACUAAGUUUUUUUUUAUCUUUUAAUAGUCACAUCCUGAGUUUUUAAGUUUUUUUUUAUUAUUUUUUUUUGUGUUAUUUAAGUUAAAUAUAGUGUUAGUUGAUACAGAUGACGGAAAACUUGGCAAAAGAAAAGAUUUUAAUUUUAUAAAUUAUUAAAAAAUACUUUUUUAAUGCGAACUACAUAAAAAAAUAAAACAAAAUAGUUAAUUGUUUUUUUUAAUCCAAGUCAAUAAAAAUAUUAUAUUUCCUAUGAUUAAAAGAAUUUGAUGAUUAAAAACACUAUUUACCAAAAAUAAAUAAAAACAUAGUUCAUAAAUACGGUACGCAUAUUAGGCUAAAUUUUUUGCCGAGUUUUCCAAAAUAAAAAAAAAAUAUAUAAUUCUUUUUCUAGCUGUGGAACAACAAUCCUACAACUUUAAAUAUGGACUUUAUUUUAGUUUUUAAUUGAAAAAGUGCGGUUUUGGUGCAAUAUUUUUUUUUUUCGAUGCAACGACACAAACUUCUCGUUGGGGAAACAAUAUCUGAAACACGUUACACGAAACUAAAGAAAAAAAAAUUGGUACAUAAAAUACAAAAAAAAACAGCAGGCUCUCCUGUGUUUCCUCCUUCCUAUAACUUGGGUUCCUUCAAGCGGAACGUGAAGCAAUUAUGCAGGUCAGCAUGACUGUGCCGACUGUCCGGGGAUGCUUAUAUCUUGCCGGACGGUACUUUCUUUGGGCUUCACUUAGCUUAACAUCAGGUGAUUUGAAGCCACGUUGAUGAUAAAAAAAAGAAAAAAAAACGAUUCAUACAUUUUUCACUUUUUCAAAAGACGCUGUAUUUACUAAAGCAUGUGACGCGGUAUUGUCCUUCUCCCGACUUUUUUUUAAUGAAAACGGUAAUAAUAAUAGCCUAUUUCUUAAAAAAAACGAUCUAAAUAGUUUUUGCGAAAUAUUACGAUAUUUUUUGUCUCAUUUGUCUUUUUUUGUGUUAAUGAAUUAAUUCCUUAUUUUAUUUGAACGAAUUAAUGUAUUAAGACAAACAAAAAAAAAAACAAAAAACGUAAAAAUAUUUCUGAAAAACUAUUUUGUGACAAAUUUAUUUUGGCAAAUACUCAUUUAAUCUUAUCCAGUUUCUAUAGUUUGCACAUGAGUUUGAUAAAAAGGUGUCGCGCGCAUAAAACAUACACUCUAGGAUGCGACGGUAUAGAAUUGCUUCUUGUAUUUAAGUCGUUAGAUUUCAAACAUGGCCAACCAUGACAACUAACCCUAUUGAGGGUGUGUGAAGUCUACCAAUCCGCACUAGGCCAGCGUGCUGGACCAAGACCUAAUCUCUCUCAGUAGUAGAGGAGGCCCGUGCCCAGCUGUGGGACAGUAUAUAAUACAGGGCUGAUAUAUAUAAACAUAUCUUGGUUAGAAUAUUUGUCGAAUAAAAAAUCGUUUUUGGACAUCUCCUAUAGUUGGAGAGAUACUCAAGUUUGAACCAAAACAUUCUAUAUUAAAUUGAAUAUUUUACCGUUUUCAUGACUUAAUAUCAAGCAUAAUAGUUGUUGCAUCGAAAAAUACGAGUACGCGAUUGGCGUGUUAAAAAAACAGUAUUAAUCGGUCGAACAAAAGAUUUUUUCCAUUCUAAUGCAUUUAAAGUUUUAGAUCCGCUAUUGUUGAAAAAAAAAUGGCCUAACUAAAAAAAAUUAAAAAAAUGGUCUAAUCAAAAAUAUAUGAUAAUUAUGUAAAAAAAAAUAUUAGCCUAGUAUACAGGUUUUAGAUUUUUUUUGGCUAUGAGUGUUGUGUAAAAAAACAAUGGCGGACCUGAACAAAUUUAUUCUAAGUUGUAUUGUGCAGUAUUUUUAUAUAAGUGAUAGGUUAAGUGUGAUUUGAAAAGUGUACGGUGUUCUCAUUCCGUUUGCAAUUCUUACUUGCUUUUUCAAAUAUCGGUGAUAAUCAGAGACGCUAAAGCUCCGGAAAGUGACAGGGAAUUAAAAAAAAAGCUUUGUUUUUCAAGAUACUGGCUGGUAAUAAUUUUGUUGUAAAUGCGAAAGUAACUGUCUGUUAUGAUUUGUGGCUGAACCACUGAAAUUAUGUUGUUGAUGUAGUAUGGAGAUAGUUUGAGGAAGACAAUUGCUACUUUUUGUCUCAGGAAAGUAUAUGGGGGAUCUUUUAUCCCGCUAAAAUAUAGUACGGAGAUAGUUUGUCACUUGGGGAGAAUAUAGUUACUCUUUAUCUCUAUAUAGCGGGAUUUUUAUCUUGUAAAAACUAUUUCAGACGGGCUGAGGCGCGGCAAAAGUAUAGUAUAUUUAUAACAUUUUAAAAGUCGUUUUAUUUGAUUGUAAAAAACGUUAAGAGAUCUUUUUAUUAUAACUCAAGAUGAAAAUAAAAUUAAGAGAAAUUCUAAAAAGAUUAAGAUUGCUAAAAUGGUUGAUCCUUAAUGAAAAAAGCCGUGCAUUGUCAAAACAAUUGUUGAAAAGUCUGAUCAUAAUUUAUCAUUUCACACAUAUCGAAAAACUUCACGAGGGGCAUGAGAGUUGCUUUUUUACUUUAUUAAAAACAAACAAAAAAAUUAAAUGUGAACGAGAUUAAAUUUAAAGUAUUUUUUGGGUUGUGUUAUUUAUAUUUGAAAACUUUGACUUUUACUUUUAUGUUUUUUUUACAAGUCAUAAAUGAUUUAAAGUAAAAACAAAACGAAAAAGGUUUUUUUUAUAAUUGGGAACGAAAACAAUAUUUGCCCCUCACUAUUUUACACACACACCAGAAUAACAACGAAUUU